AUGAGUCUAUCUCAAACUAUCAAAGCUAUCGCUAUGACAACUGCGAAUGUUUCGAUUGUUUCUGAUUCGCUUCCGAAGAUAACAGGAGCUAUUCCAGAUGAGAUUUGGAUGAUUGUCGCGUUGGUUGUUGGAAUUAUUCUAAUUGUUUCGGAAACAUGUUGUGAAAUAUUUUAUGCGGUUAGAAUAUUUCAAAUGAUUUAUAAGUAUGUGAUUUCUAAUCAGAAAAAUCUUCUUCAUUUCUACUUUCUUAUCAGCAUUGGAUUGAUGGGAUCAUCGAAUCUGACCUACCUCGUUCUUGACAUGAUGGCUCUUCAGUUACCUGCAGCAAAUGUUAGGUUCCUGGCUACUGAGAUCAUCAAAAUUGCCCAUUUCGUAACUGAAUACUAUUCCAUUUUCUUUACUUAUCUUUUCUGCCUCCUCCGUUUUCUCUUGUAUGCGUUCCCUGGAAAUCCUUUAAAGGUCAAUACAUGGAUUCUUUUUAUUUACUUUUUUCUUACCAUUCCUCUCUCAUGGAUUCCAUUUUUCUUUUUGGAAUCGGAACUGGGAUAUUAUGUAUGGGAUUUGGAGCAAAUAUAUGAUUCAUUUGUUGAUAGGAGUUACAAUUAUGGAGAUCGAAUUGUUAUUUUUGUUUUAUUUAUCGUGUCGUUUCUAGUAUUAUCAACAAAUUUGGUCUACGCACUCUACGCAAAUAAACGAAAAAACUCAAGGUAUUGUCUAUAA